AUGCAGGAUGCCGCCGCAUGGAUGCCACAACGAAAAUGGGUUUCCAACAACCCCAUUUUCGAAACCACAAACACGUCCCUUUCCUGCAACACCCCCGGUACACCCGCCCGCGCAUACAUACCGAUUCGCGCGGGCGAAAACAUAACCGCUGUGUACUCGUACUGGGUGCACACCGUCGGUCCCAUGAUAGCUUGGAUGGCAUACUGCGACAACGCUGAGAACGACUGCGCGACCUUUUCUAGCGAGACGGCAGGUUGGUUCAAGAUCGGAGAGAAGGGGUUGUUGGAAGGAAGCAUCGAGACUGGAGAGUGGUUCCAGAAGGCGUUCAGUAUGUGGGACGGAAGUCCAAGUCUAUGGAGUGAGACGGUGCCUGUAGGACUGAAGGCGGGAAGAUACUUGGUGAGGCAUGAGAUUAUCAGCUUGCAUUCCGCGAAUAAACCCGAGAUCAAUAUCGACAUUUACGAUCCCGAGGUUUCGGCAAAGAAGGUAUACAACAUCCCGGGCCCACCUGUAUGGACUGGAAAGCCGAAGGUCGGCAUGUAG